GUGUGCUAUAAUCUAGUGAACAAUGCGCGAACCGAUAGCAACCGCACCAGCGCUGGCAGCCGGAAACGUGGUGGCGCCAUCUACUGCGGCCACAAUGUUUGGCAUAACGAACGCCCAGAUUGUGCAGUCAUUUAACGGGCUGCCUCCGUUGCAGGGCGAUUGUCCACCGGUCGGUCAGCCGUGCAUCGUGCGUACAGUUAGCAGGGCUUCAUCGAUUGGUGGUGCCGGAACGCUGAGUUCGCUCAAGUCGAUCGGAGGUAGCGGUGCCAGCAGCCCCGUUACGAGCGUCAAGCGGAACAGCUCUAGUUCAAGCUUCAGUAGCGGCAGUGAACGGCGAAGCGUGUUCUACACGGAUCCCGAGCAGAGCAGUACGACGAAAGCUGAGGAAAAGUAUGACGUGAUGACGAAUGACGAUAGCUGCUCCACGUCAGACGCCUGUAGUGCCCUGCUAGGCACAGUGAACGAUGCGGAUAAGGUGAGACGGCCGCGGGGUGUGCAGAAAGACCAGCGUGGCGAACCGAAGGACGAUAGUGCACUGCGACGGCUUGACAAUGGGCAGGUACGGCGCAAACAGCGUCCCUGCAGUAGCAGCGUGCUGGACGGGGUAAUCGGUCCCAAGACCCAUUUGAAGCUAGUCAGCCAGGAGCUGGAAUGGGAGCGGAAGUUCCGCGAUGAUCAGCUGUCCCGCAUACUGAAGGCACUGAUUGCCUUCGAGACGCGGCUCAAGAACGAGCAGAGCCGCAUUAAGCAGCAGCUGUACGAGAAGGAUGACGUUAUCAAUCGGCAAAACUGCACGAUUAAUCGUAUGAAGCGGAAGCUGGCAGCGGAUGAAGCGACAGCGGGUGGCAGUGACGGUGAGGAACCGACCGCAACGGGCGUCGACGAGGUGGCUCAGUACUGUCCAAAGUGUCGUAAAAACUACUACCGGCUAGAGUGUCGAACAAGCGGUACGCAAACAUUCGAGUACUGUCGGGAUGAUGGUGCGGAGAGUGUCAAUACGGAAAACUUAUCCUUGAAUAGUGUAGAGUAUGCUUCAUCGAGCGAGGAACAAGAGUCAUCACUGUACGUGCGAGCCAACUCGUUUAAGGAUGCACGCCGCAGCCGGAAGUACACGAGCAAGCGGUCCUACCAGGGCUACCAGCGAGGACCGUCCCGAGCGAGCAGCUUCAAGAGCAGCGCCUCGGGCCCGGUUACCGGUACGCUGGCAAAGCUUGUCGAGCGAAAUGCACGGAAUGGUGCGCGGCGAUUGAGUGGCCCACGGGAGGAAGAGAGUGGCCACGAGGCGUACGUUAACAUAGAACCAAAUGCGAAUGUGCCUAAAAUAGUGAUCUACGAAAAUUACGAAAGCGACAAGGAAAAUAAACGGAUGGAUCAAAACCGACAGGAGUGCGACAACAACUACGACAACGUGGAACCGUACUCAAAUCGUAUUGACUCGCUGCACGGUAUACAUGGCCGGAGCAGUGGAAGGUAUUCGAACGAUGGGCAAUGCAACCCACAGGAACAGAAGCAGCAGGAGCAUCAGCAUCAGCAUCAGCAACGAAUGGAUGGACACAGCGAUUAUCAUCCGGUCGGUUCGAAGCGUAGCGAUGGAAGCGAACAGAUGGAGCUGGAUGAUGGGACCAUCUUUUACGAAGCGAAUGCGAGUGCCGGAAGUGUGAGCAAUCAGCAAAAGUACACCGAAGGGAUGGAGAUGAAGCAAACGAUCGAAACGAAUGACGACUGGUAUGCGAGCGCCAGCGAUAUGGAGGAUUCGGAUACGGCCCUCGGUAAACCGUACAGCAAUGCAGCUGUCAAUCCGGUGCUGGAGUGUGUCAAUCAGAUACUUCUCCAACAAUCGAUGGAUGGUUUUGGAGACAGCAACAAGGACACCACCACCGGCGAGGGCACGGCUGAAGAGGAACUCUACAUAAAGGCACAGCAACCUUCACCACCACCGGUGAAGGAACCGACGGCCGUGCGCUCGAAACGGGUUCACUUUUCGACGCAGAACAGCAUGGUUCAGGUACCGAGGAUAUCGCUCCAACCGACGACAUCAGUGUCCAGCCAGGGAAGUGGGUCGUCUAACCGGAAGGAUGAUAAAAUUUCACCAACGUACGAAAUUCAGAGCAUCUACAGCAAUGAAUACGAACCGAUCGGGUCGGAACACAACUCGUACUCGAAUUACUACGUCGACAUGGAAUCCAAGCUCGGUUCGGAGGAUCGUGAACGUGAGCAAGCGUUGGCAGAAAAGCGGAAAACACCUCCGGCAUUACCACCGAAACCGGCCAACCUGUUGAAACUGCAGCAGCUAUCUAAGGGUAACCAUCAGCAGCGGCAAUUAGUGUCCUCACCGGCGAAAGGACGUAGUACUUCCGCUCAGAGCGACAUUGCCGAAUCGGAGCCGGACUACUGCUCCAUCAGCGAGAUCCAGGACUCGGUGAAAUGUGUUCAGAUUGUGGCCGAAAUCCACAAGGACGCGUGUGAAGAUGAUUACUCGAUAGUAGACGAGGAAGAGAAGGAAAAGCAGCAGCAGCAGCAGCAGCAGCAGCAAGAAAUUGUGACCCGUGGUGAGCUGGAGGAACUGGGCAGCAAAAAGAGUUGUUCUGAGCUGGAAGAAUCGUUUGCCGACGUACCGAAGCUACCGAACGUGGCAGAAAUAGUACCCCCGAAGAAGGAGCCAUUAAACAAAUUCAUUAGCCAAGAUAACUACAUUACGAAGUCGUCGGGCAGCAGUUCGAGCAAGGCAAGCCAUUCGAGCGGAGCUGGCGUUGCAGUGGGUGUACAUACGCCGAGCAAAAAGGACGGUGAGUUCCGGGAACAGUUGUCGGAGAUUAUAGCCGAAAUCAACAAGCAGUCGCCCGCCAUCCGCAAUGCUUCGAAAAAGCAAAUCCCAGUCAAGGACCUAAGCCCGGCUUUUCGAGGCGUUAGUCAAAUACCGAGUGUGACGUUUCAGUCAAAGUUGAAACCGGUGGAUAAGUUGAGCUUCCUUUCAAAAACUUCCACGGCAGGUUUGUCGGUCGGGUCGAUACCUAGCUUGAGUCACACUACACCGAAGCUGUCCAGCUCGAUUGCACGACCCUCCAUUAAGCCGUCCAUGUUGAAGUCGUCCCUCUCGACGAAGGCUCUCUCGAGUACGAAUCUCACGCUGGGCAGCGGCGGCAUGAAUCCGUUCGGCAGUCCAGUGAAAUCGGUUUCGUACAUCCCAAACCUAAAGUCGCCCAGUGUCAACAGUCCACUGGCUGGCAGUGGUACUGCUAGUGUUGGCUGUUCGCCCAUAAAAUCGUCCACUUCCACGGUGAAGAAGGUAGCGAGUGCUAUAAACCUAGCGAACAGCUCAACCACGUCCGUGCAGACAUCCGCGGCUACGGUUCCCGUAAUUAUAGCCGAGGACAGUAAGCUACCGAUACAGGCGGAAUUUGAUUGGUACAAUUUAGAUGCCGAAUACGGGAAAUCCAAUCAACCGGACGUUAUCGUGGAAGCGGAUCCAAGUUCAAACGGGGAAGCUGACGGGACCGGCGAUGAAGAGGACAGCGCAUCGUGUGCUGAGAGUCCUUCGAAGAUGGUAACUAAACUGGAAACUACCAACGGUGUAACGGUGACUGUGGAGGACAGACCUUCUGCAGGCGUGACUACCGUCGAGAACGGAGCCAGUGAGGAUUGUGAGGAGGAAGAGAUGGAGAACGUGGAGUACAAUUUGGAUGAAGAGUACAAGAGCCUAGGACCAAUAGUGCCACCGCCGGAUAUUAUACAGAAAAGCGUACACCCACCGAUAACUCCACCGAAGAAUGGCAAAAUCCCUUACAACAGUUUGUCGUUCAAGGAGCUGAUGCAGCUUAACGAAACGCCUAAAAUUGUGCAAGAAGCAAAGGCGGGUAAACCGGCAAAGACGGGUACGGGAGUAGAAACUGUACCGAGUGGGAGAAAUUACGAACAUUUCCUGGACGAUUCGGGCCUUUGCUCGAAGCCAAUCAUCCUGCCAAGGAAGAAGCGUGUGUACUAUUCCGGUCCGUUCGUAUGA